UCUGAAGCCACUUCUUGGUUUUUAUUUAUUUUUUUUUUUGUUUCCUGAGAGUCUCUCUUCGGGGGGGUUUCCCUCAGGGCUUGGAGGUUGGUUCCGGCGCCGGGCUCUGGGCUCCUGGGGCUUUAUCCCCUCGCACCCCCUCUUUUGAUCACCCCAUCUCUGCCGUCGGCUUCGUGCAUGUGUGCAUUUUUGAAAAUCGACCCUGCUGUGGGGAGCUGAGUCGGGGAAAAUGGGCCACGGUGACUGGGACCGAAGGGGAGUCUCUCGGUCACUGUUGCUGGGACGCGAGCCUGCGCUGGUGGCUUAGAGCGAGAGCCUCCCGGAGCGUUCGGAGUGGAAGGCCAAAUGACAUAGGAUGAAGGCUGUUCGUAACCUGCUGAUUUAUAUAUUUUCCACCUAUCUCCUGGUUAUGUUUGGAUUUAAUGCUGCCCAAGACUUCUGGUGUUCAACUUUGGUGAAGGGAGUCAUUUAUGGAUCGUAUUCUGUAAGUGAAAUGUUUCCCAAAAACUUUACAAACUGCACUUGGACGCUGGAAAAUCCAGAUCCAACCAAAUAUAGCAUUUACCUGAAAUUUUCCAAAAAGGACCUUAGCUGCUCUAACUUUUCCCUCCUGGCUUAUCAGUUUGAUCAUUUUUCUCAUGAAAAGAUAAAGGAUCUUUUAAGAAAGAACCAUUCUAUAAUGCAACUCUGCAGUUCCAAGAAUGCUUUCGUUUUUCUACAAUAUGAUAAAAAUUUUAUUCAGAUACGCCGGGUAUUUCCAGCUGAUUUCCCAGGAUUACAGAAAAAAGGGGAAGAAGAUCAGAAGUCUUUUUUUGAGUUUUUGGUGUUGAACAAGGUGAGCCCGAGCCAGUUUGGUUGCCAUGUCUUAUGCACUUGGUUGGAGAGCUGCCUAAAGUCGGAAAAUGGGAGAACAGAAUCCUGUGGGAUCAUGUAUACAAAAUGCACCUGCCCUCAGCAUUUGGGAGAGUGGGGGAUCGACGACCAGUCCCUGGUUUUGUUAAAUAACGUGGUGUUACCCCUGAAUGAGCAGACAGAGGGCUGCCUGACCCAGGAGCUGCAAACUACCCAGGUCUGCAAUCUUACCAGGGAGGUCAAGCGACCACCCAAAGAAG